GGUGGCCAAAAGGCUCCGCCCCUUCACCGAGGGCUCCGCUCGGACCGUGUGAGAGGAAGUGAGGGAGAAGGCGAGCCGGGCCUGGCUUGGCUGGGGGCGCCUGGGGCAGAGGCCCCACCCUGGGGCCAGAAGGGGAGCGGAGCCCCCGGGAGGGAAGGAAAGGGGAGGCGCCCAACGGCCACUUGCAGAAAGUUUGGGAUUCUGAAGAAAAGGAGAGACUGAAGACUUUACAGUCACUUGGUGCUCAGGAUGAACGAUACAACGAUCCCUCGGCUGCUUGCAAAUUCUUUUGUGCUAGAUGAAUACUGAAAGGGGGCCUCAGCCAUGGAGGACAAGCGUAACAUACAGAUCAUCGAGUGGGAGCACCUGGACAAGAAGAAGUUCUACGUCUUCGGCGUCUGCAUGACCAUGAUGAUGCGCGUCAGCGUGUACCCCUUCACGCUCAUCCGGACACGGCUGCAGGUCCAGAAGGGGAAGAGCCUUUACAACGGGACCUUUGAUGCCUUUGUCAAGAUCCUGCGGACAGAAGGAGCAACAGGGCUCUAUCGGGGCUUCUUGGUCAACACCUUCACCCUGAUCUCAGGCCAGUGCUACGUGACAACAUACGAGCUGACCCGCAAAUAUGUUUCCAGGUACAACAACAACAACACCGUCAAGUCAGUGGUGGCUGGUGGCUCAGCUUCCCUGGUGGCCCAGAGCAUCACGGUGCCCAUAGACGUUGUCUCCCAGCACCUGAUGAUGCAGAGGAAAGGUGAGACCAUGGGCCGGUUCAAGGUGCAGGCCUACGAAGGCAAGCGCUUCCCAGUUUUUGGGCAGACUCGGGACAUCAUUUCUCAGAUCUUCAAGGCUGAUGGGCUGAAGGGUUUCUACAGGGGCUAUGUGGCCUCCCUCCUCACCUACAUUCCCAACAGCGCCGCCUGGUGGCCCUUCUACCACUUUUAUGCAGAACAGCUUUCUAGCCUCACGCCCACAGACUGCCCGCACCUGCUCCUCCAAGCCAUCUCUGGGCCAUUGGCAGCUGCCACAGCUUCCACCCUCACCAACCCCAUGGACGUCAUCCGAACUCGCGUGCAGGUGGAAGGCAAAAACUCCAUCAUUCUCACUUUCAAGCAGCUGAUAGCGGAGGAAGGGCCCUGGGGCCUUAUGAAAGGCCUCUCAGCCCGCAUCAUAUCAGCUACCCCAUCCACCAUCGUCAUCGUGGUGGGGUAUGAGACACUGAAGAAACUGAGCCUCCGUCCAGAGCUGGUGGACUCCAGACAUUGGUAGCAGAACUGGACCUUCCCCCUCCCUCAGAAUCUCUUGGACCAUUGUCAAGGUUGGCAGUUCACCAAAAAUAAGAGUCUGGUGGCUGGGACUGUGGAGCAUUUGGCACAAGUGGUUGUAUCAAGCAUCCUUUUCCCUUACUCCAGUGUUGCUCCACUGCGCCCCUCUGGGAUGGUCCCAGGCAUUCUACAAAAAGAACCUACUGCAAAACUCUCGGACAGCUAACCCGUGUGCAAGUGAAACACAAUGCUCCUCCUGGUGAUCCGUUCCUGAAAUUAAAGGCCCACAGCUGAAGCAGAGCACUAGUGUCGUCUUAGAAUGGAUUUUGAUCCUUUUGCCAAAUGUCCACCACUGGGAGAAUUAACCUUUCUUUCUAGAGCCCCAGCUGGGGAGUCUGCCGAUCGCAACAGUGUCUGCCGGUAGACAGAAAAUAUUUAAUUGAUAAAGGUCCCAUCCCCCCCCCACCCGCCUGUCUUCUAAUAUCUGAAGUUUUGAGAUCGUGGGGAAAAAGCACCAAGUGUUAUUUUUUUAAGAUGCUGCUUUGAUAUCUGGACAAGAUUUGUACAUAAUAAUUUUUCUCCUUUUGUAUAUUCUUGAAAACUUUCUUGCCAACCUUCCAUUAUUGAAGCAGUUGCUCUUUUUUUGUGUGUGUGUCAAAGGUGAUUUUAAAGGAAGUUCCCUUUUUAAUCCAUGGUAGCUGUGAUGCUAAAUCGUUUUGUGCGCAUAUACCUUCUCAGAGGAGGUUCUCUCUAGAGAAAGUGCUCCAGUUGUUCUGUGGCCUUUGCAAUGGGAGUGUAAAGAAAGGGAGGGGGGGAGACAGACAUUCUAAAACAUUUCCCCCUCUAUUUUUUUUCCAAAGCACGAAGACUUCUGAUGAUUCUCUCCUCUUGGUGGGCAUCAUCUGAAAGGCAGAGUGUAGUUUUGCUGAAACGAUUUGUAAAGUACUGUGUUUUUAAUGUUCCUUAUAUAAGGUAUGUCUGCCUUGAUUAUCGAAUGAGUGUUUUGUUUAACAUAUAGAAAUGUGGGGGGGAGGGGAAGCAAAUACUCUCUCCUCCCUUGGUGGUUGAUGGGCCCCUUGGCACCCUGGCCUGUUUAGCCUUUGCCACUCUUCUCUGGUUUGGAAGAGGUCAGGCUGAGUUCCCAUUUCCUAGCAAACAGCCAUCGGGAUUGGUGAGAUCAGGUGGUUUUGAUCCUGUCCUCUCCCAUCUGAAUACUGUCACCGCCUCUGGUGUUCUUUGAACCCAAAUCCCUCUUUGUCUGCAGUAGAUCAUUUUGCUUCUCCCACCACCACCAGCCUCAUCUAUUCAUGUAGUUAUCCUUACAAGAUACGUGGGGGUGGGGAAUGUAGGUCGUCACGUGAUGGAAGUACAUUUACUCACUUUUAUUGUGCGAUAUGGGGCGGGUGUCUUUGAAAGCAACGCCUGAUCGGUGAUACUCUCUGCACUUUGGUGGUUCUUACUGCUGUAAGGAUAAACAGAUUAACUUACGUUGGUUUACAUGAGUGCCAUAAUUGAGAAGUAAGCAAAGGGAUUCCGUGCCUAGCAAUCAAGUUCUUGAACGUGGUUUUCUAAGUAGGCCCUGUACAGCAUGUAAAAAAAAAGAAUUUGAUUCCAGUGUGCAGUGGGUCCCAGGUGAAAUCUCGCAAUGUGCUCCCACCUCUUGCCGAGGACUCUCCUUUUGUCUUCUGUCCACAACCUCUCUGUGUUGGCACACAAAGAGGGAGAGCAGCAUCCGUGUGUAUACUCCCUCCCCUUGAUCAGGAAGGCUGCUUUCUGACCUUGCCUCACAGGGAAGGAGCAUACGUGCAGACACUGCCUCUGCACACAUGUUCCAUGCUGAUGAGCUGACAGCCUCACAGCGGUAGAUAUGCUUCUUGUCAAUGCAUCAAUGGGUGGUAUAUGUCUUUCCUUCUCCCCUAUUUCAUUGCUAGCUGAAUCAGAAAGCCCCUUGAGGUUGGGGGGAGGUUGUACCAGCAGAAAACCAGGGGUAGAACUAGACAGAUGCCUUUGUUCCUGUACCAAUUCCAAACGGUGGACUCAUCUGCAUGACUUCCACACCAUCCAAAGUUUCUGUGCCCAGUUAUGUAUCCUGCAUGGCAGGCCUUUUUCUCUUUUGAGGUGGCGAGCCUUGUCUGUAAGGUCGUAGUAUAGAUUGCGGUUGGAGGGUUCGUAAGAUGAAUCUCUUCUGUAUCCAGAAAGCUUCCCUAUGCAGAGUGUGUAUGGCAGCGGAGAGGGCCAUGCUUCCUCCUCCAACUUUGGUAGCUCUCUACAUGGAGGGAAGUGUCUUUGUAUAGAGGGGGGAUUCAGGUCAUUUGUGCUCCCCCCUGCACUUGAAGUGAGGCUUCUGUGGCACAGGCUUAGCCCCUUAGAUUUAACGGUAGAUACAUGGGGAGUUUACAUCUGUCACCUCACCCCAUAUGUUGUAGGGUUGCUCUAGAUUUGGCAGGUACGUGUUGAGCAGGAUCAGCCCUGUGUUUGAGGAGCCUUUUUGCACCUGAAAUCAAUCCAGAAUAUCCCAACACACAGCUUAAAUUUGAUUUGUCUGAUGUCUUGCUUUGCCUUGUUUCUUUUUUUUUGCUAAAUGGAGCAGUUAAACUACUUGCUUCUGUCAGAAGCACACACUUCCAGGGCUGAACCACUUUUCCUGCAGCAUUGUUCAAUGCCAUAGUCUUAUUUUUAUUUUGUGUAGGCCUGGGAUUCCCCCCUUCCGCUUGUUUUACGGAGGCUUUCAAUGGAGAAAACCUGGAUGGCGACUUGUGUUGAUAGCUUUUGUUUUCACAGUAAUGGGGCAAAUAAACUUUGAACACUGUAGUCCUAAAAUGAGUUAACACUCUUCUAAGUACGUUGAAACCACCAGUAAGAGUGGAGAGGUGUAACUCUGCUUACGAAGACAUUGUAAAAGCACUUAAAGGUUUGUGCCUGCCCCCCUGGAAAGCUGUAGUGAAAGCACUGCAAAGGUUUAUUAUUUCUGUCCAUUCAUAGGAUACACCAGUUCUUGUGAAAACCCUUGUAGCUGUUCCAAUCGGCAAAAUGUAUAGGGUAGUUAAUCCCCCAUGCAGUGCAGUGAUGAGUAAUUCAUACCUGUGGUGUCUUGGUCCUCCCUUUCUCUUAUGCCAUCUUCAGCCCCAUGGACAACCCCCCCCCCUCCUAAAACGAUCACUGAAAUACGGGGCUGAAAUUUCAUUCCAUUCUUCCUCUAACCCUACUUGACAAGUAAACAGCGACAUGUUCUGAAUUAACUUUUUUUUUUUGCUUCCAAGCGCUUAUACACAGAUAAUUCUCAAGGAGCUCCAUCAGACUGAUCUAAAGAAACUAUUGUGACUUGAUUUACCUUAAAAGUGUUCCAAGCCAUGAGGUUUAAAGGUUGAGCGAGUAGGGUCAGGUCACCCUUCAAGAUGCACACAAACAGAGAACUUUUUUCCCAUCCAGGUCUGUUGAUUAAACGAGAGUGAAUUCCACACCAUCUAUGCUACUCUGUGCCUGCUGUUUCGAUAACGGAGUUUGAAUGUAUUUGUGUACAUUGGGGGAGGGAAAAAGAAGUUUCAAUUUUGCACUGUAAGGCGUCUUUGAAGUGUAAUUAAAGUUUUUAUUGUUUAUUUACUUGA